GGCUGGGCUGAGACAACAACUCAACCAGGGAUGACAAAAACGAGGGACGGAAUAACGGAGAAAUAAAUAAAAUACAGCAGUGAUUUUCGGGAACAGCGGUUCCUUUGAAGUUGUAUUUACCUGGUGCCGUAUUUCCAGUCUGGAAAUAUGAGGCUAUUAGAAGGAGUAAUAUUAUUGGUUGUGGUGAUCACAUGUCGAGGACAAGAUAACAUUAUACAGCAGACAUGUCGAAGUGAUGGCACUGAUGCUGUCAUUCAAAAUGGUGCCACGGCGAUGGUCGGAGGAAUUCUUUGUAACAGACCAGAGUAUGAUAUACAGGCAUAUGAAGCAUUUCGAUAUGCUUUUGAAUUACUGAAUAAAGAAAACACAAUCUUGAGGGGAGAGACUUUAAACCAUAGUUAUGUACCUGGUAUUAAAUUAGGUAUGAGAGUAAAGAAUGUAUGUGGUAAUACAGAGGCGGCUAUAUCAGCUGCUACAGAAUUUUAUCCACAGCUUAGUUCUCAGGCCAGUGCAUGUAAUCUUUCUUCUCCUUCUAAAUUAUUAUUAGGGGCUAUUGGUACCAGUGAAAGUGGAACAACCAUGGAUGUAGCCAAAUAUUUCGAACGGUUCAAUAUUCCAAUGAUAUCCCAUGCUGCCACUGCACCGUCUCUGAGUGAUAAUACUGAAUAUCCUUCGUUCAUGAGAACUGUUCCACCAGAUGGUCCACUUAUGGAUGUAAUUGUUGAAGUUUUAGUGAAAAUAAACUGGAAAUAUUUGGUUGUUGUUUAUGAAGAUUCAGCGUUUGGAUCAGCGUCAUAUGAUGCCAUACGCUCACGAUUAGCUGCUGCUGGAAUCUGUCUCACUAAAGCUGUGCGUCACGCAGCUGACGACAAUGUCAGCGAUACUCUGGAUCAGGUCAUUGCCACGGACACGACAGGGGUCAUAUUUUUCGGAGGUCCAGUUCUAGCUACACAGAUCUUAGAUGCGGGGGAAACCAAGACAGGCGCCGGAAAACUUCAGUGGAUUUUUACAGACAGUCUUUCGUUUAAUCAAGAUUUCCAGACGAAACUUUACCAGAAGGGUGUCAUCAGUAUCAUAGCAACACAACGAUAUAUCGUGGAGUUUGAAGAUCAUUGGGUGAGGAUUGACGAGAAUAAUCCAUCACCUGAAAACCCCUGGUUUAAAGCUUGGUAUAUGGAGCAAAAUAAAUGCCGUUUGACUGGUGUUAACACGCCAGCCUCUCUUCCACCCUGUCAGAUAAGAACCGAACGGGAAAAACGUCUUACCUUUAAUCAGGAUCCGUUCGUAGAACCGGCAAUUCAUGCCGUGUUCUCUUACGCCUACGCACUACGAGAAGCACAGAUGGCAAAAUGCGGUGUCAACUUUGUGGGGAUGUGUCCGGCUCUCAGGAACAUGACAACACAAGAAUUCUUCACGGAUUAUUUGAAAAAAGUUGAUUUUAUCUACGGUAAGAAAGAAAGAGUUCCAAGUUUGGCCUCGGAUCAAUAUGCUCCUUACUUUGCAGCUGCUAGAGUUAAGUUCGAUGACAACGGAGAUAUUGUUAACCCAGCAUACGAUAUCUGGAAUUAUAAUGACAUUCAACUUGGUGGCAGUGUCGGAUAUAGAUUCAGACGGGUUGGAACAUAUGUUAGUGGUCGACUGAAUAUGAAUGUCGACAAUAUUAGAAUGUAUAGUACAGAUCGAAGAUCCCCUCUUACAUCCAUUCCGGGAUCACAAUGUCCAAGUCAACCAUGUAUGCCUUGUCUGGGUGUUCCCCCAGAGACAAAGUAUGUUUUUAUUGAUGGAGAUAUCAUUGUCACUGGAGUAUUCUCGAUCCAUAAAAAGGGAGUGAGUCCGUUAACGUGUGGUCAAUAUGAUAAGGGUGCAAGAUCAGGUCUACAAUUUAUGGAGGGCAUGAUUUACGCUUUAAAUCAAGUUGUAAGUCAGAAUAUGCUACCGAGGGUGAAACUUGGUGGAUUGGCGUUCGAUGAUUGUAAUAGCGGUAUCCUAGCAACAACCAUCCUUUCACAGGUGAAGGAAGGAAGUCUAGUUAUUAAAGAUUCAAACGGAAAUAGACUUGAUCCGCGGAAACUGGCUGUCUAUCACGCUUCACAUACAUCUGAUCUCACCUUCCCGAUAGCCGAACUUAUGAAUACCUUUAAACGCCCUCUGGUGUCAUAUGGUAGUUUUGACGACGAUCUGCUGGAUUAUGAGUAUUAUACCCGUAUGUCGUACGGUAUGGGAGGAGAAUUCCGGGCUAUCGUAAUGAUGCUGAAACAUCUUGGCUUUCAUUAUGUUCAACUCGUGUAUCAAGAUCAUGAAUUUUUUACAAAAGGAAAUAAGGAGUUCCGCAAAAUAGCAGCUGCUGAAGGAAUCUGUGUGGUUACGACAAUCAUGGCCGAAUCCGACCGUGGUAAAACAAUCGACAAGUUGCGAAUGAAUAGCGGCGUUAAACCUGUUGUUCUGAAUAUGGGCGCAACAUACAAUAGAUACUUUCUGCAGGGUGUCAAAGAUAGGAACGCGUCUGGUGAAUUUGCCUUAUUUGGUAUUCAUACGUUUGGUAAGGAUGAAGCAGUCGUCAAGGGUUUGGAAGAUGUAGCUAAUGGUGUUAUUUCUAUUGGAUUAAAACAUUCAUCCCUUAUAGAUUAUCAAAAUUAUUUAAAGGGGUUAAGAGUUGGAACUCAGAGUCUGAUUAAUCCCUGGUUUACUGAAUGGUAUCAACAGAUACAUCAAUGUUACAUCGGAUCAACCAAUCCACAAGGUUUCGUUAGUCCGUGUAACAACACGCAAACCAAUGACAUCACAAAUUCUACAAACUUUGUACUCUCUUACUUUACUGAGACGAACAUUCACGCUAUCUAUGUCAUCGCCAAGGGCAUCGACAUGACGCUGACCAAUAUCUGUGGAGACAAUUAUCAGGGCGUGUGCGGAGAGUUCCAGAAUGAUCCUAACAAGGGCAUCACGUUGUUAGAGAAUAUUAAGAAAGUGACGCUCACAGCGGAGAACGCUGAUUAUAUCGUUCGAUUCAACGGUAAAGAAGUAGAUCAACCAUAUAUAUUUUAUAAUUACAAUGGACAACAGUUCCAACAGGUUGCAGAAUAUGGAGAUUUAAACAAACAGUUAGAUAUGCUUGGUACCGUUAUGUUUUAUAACAACACACCAGCUACAGAUUACGCUUCUACUUGCCCAGGCAUGUGUGUCCAAUGUUUCUAUAUGUUCCAGUCCCAAGACUACAUGUACAUUGAUGGAGACUUGAUCAUACCAGCCAUGUUUGAUGUACACAAUAAAGGAUCAUCACCAUUUGCUUGCGGAUCUUUGAGAAGCACAAAUGGCUUCCAGUAUGUCGAAGCGUUUAAUUUUGCCUUAAAUGAAAUAAACAGCGGGCGGUCGUCUGUUAGACUUAACAAUAAUAUAACACUUGGUGGUUUAGCUUUUGACGGAUGUAUGAACCCACGACGAGCCUUAACGAUAACCAACGCUUUCCAAUCGUCAUCCAUCAGAUUUGAUAACGGUAAAGGUGCCAUGAUUCAUUCUAACAAGACGUUAGCCUGGUUGAGUUAUGACAGCCAGUCUACAAUCGACAUGUCGGAAAUACUUGGUUCAAUGGGAGUACCGUUAGUUAGUCCCGGGGCCACAUCUCCCAUCUUGGACGACAAAACACAAUUUAAUACUUUCUUCCGAACCAUCCCAUCGGAUUCUGUUGUUGCUAAGGGUAUGGCCGAUUUAACAAACAAUCUAGGUUUUAGAUAUGUAAUGACCUUGAACGAUCCUAACUCUGGUAGUCGAAGUACACGUGAUGCUUAUAGAGAAUAUCUGAAGGCUAAUGGGAUAUGUAUUUUAUCGUCGUAUGAGUUUGGGACAGACGGCAGUAAUAGCCUGAUUCUGAAUUCUAUGAACCAGUCAACUACCCAUGUUGUUGCCGUUUUCGCGGAGCCAGGAAUGUAUAUCGAAAGAUUUUUACAGGAUAAAGCUGCCAUGUAUGGUGGUGUCAAGUUCGUCUUUAUAUCCAAUCGUCGAUUUACCAUAAGAACAAACGCUGCUGUCGAUAGAUCAUUUUCAUUUGAUAUGAAUACCCCAACUAUUGCACAGUUCGAAACUUAUCUUCGAAACAGACGCCCGAAUGACCUUGUCAAUAAUCCAUGGUUCAGGGAGUAUUUCGAGAAUAAAUACAACUGUCAGUUAUCAACCAUUCUCCCGACGACCAGUAAACAAGUGUGUACAAAUCCUGAUAGAAGUAUUAUAGACUCUGUCUUCCAGCAAGAUAUGUGGGCUUUGUCAACCAUUAAUGCUGUUUAUUCGUUAGCAGAAGGUGUCCAUCGUACAUUGACGGAGAAAUGUUCAAAUGAUUACAAAACAAUUUGUUCCAAGUUUAGAACAGAUGCUGACACUUAUCUUCGUGUUAUGCAGAAUAUGGACGUCAUGAAUUUUACGGAUAUCCGAUCAGCAAUGUUUGAGUUUGUUGAACGUGAGAGUAAUCAAGCGUUUACUAUAACUCAAUAUUAUUCUGGUGCCACGAGAAAGGCUGGUGAUCUGAUAAACAAGGUUAUAUCCUAUAGUGACGAAGCCAGUCUCAAGUCAGAAUAUCGUGAUGUCAAAUCAUCAUGCAGUGAUAACUGUCAAGUCUGCUCAGAAUCAUCCAAUAAUUUUCAAGAUUUUACGUACACAUGGGGUAACCUGUAUAUAAUUGGUUUAUUUGAUGUCCAUAAGAAAGGUGCCACGCCCUACACAUGUGGGGAACUUAAUGAUAAACAUGGCUUCCAGCUUCUCGAGGCCUUUAAUUAUGCCGUUGAUUACGUCAACAAUAAAACUGGUAUAUUUAAAGACACGCUGACAGGGGUGAAGCUAGGAGCAAUCGGUCUCGACGUUUGUCAGAAUCCAAGCCGUGCCGGUAACCUGGUCACCAACAUCAUGAGUGAAAACAUUAAUCUCCAACUUCCUGAUGGCUCGAUCAUCAAUCCUAGACGAUUUGACGUUUACGUUGGACCAUUUGAUACAGAUUCCUCUCUUCGAGUAGCAGAUGUCCUGGACGCCUACUCUACGACACAGAUUACCUACGGAGCAACAAGUCUGGAACUUGGUGACAUGAGUAAAUAUCGUUACUUCCUGCGUACAGUUCCUGCCGAUGAUAAACAGGCUAGAGCCAUCAUUUCAUAUUUGAAACGUUUUGACAAUAAUUUUGUUCAGAUUAUCAGUACGUUUGAUAGUGUUGGAAUUAAAGGCAAAGAAGAGUUUAUGAGAUUGGCACCGCUCAACAAGAUUUGCGUUGAAAAAGAUAUUGUUGUGGGCUAUAAUGGACCAAUAACAAUCAAUGAAGCUAACCAGGCCUUAUCACAAGUUUUAUCCAAUCGUUCAGCAAAAAUUGUUAUCUUAUUCGUCGACGAUCCACGAGUAAUCCUACAAGCUGCCGAUCAGAAUCCAGAUAUUCGUCAGAACUAUUUCUUCAUUGGAACAGAUAAAUGGGGAAUGGAUGCAGACAUGCUGAUUGGAAUAAAUCGACUGAUUGAAAAUCGUAAGGCCGUCACCUUUGACGUGGAAACGGCCGAUGUUCCUGGUUUUGAUAAAUAUCUGAAGGAUAAAACUCCGUCAAAUUAUAAACGUAACCCUUGGUUUAAAGAAUAUUACGAGAAACAGUUUCAGUGUAACAUCGACGCUUCGUCCACUAGAUAUACUAAAAGUUGUACAGAGGGCAUGAUGGGUAUUUCACGAAGUCCCGACUAUAUUCAAGAUCCUUACGUUCUUUACGUCAUCAAUGCUGUGUUUUCAGCUGCACUUGGAAUCCACAAGAGUUUACAAGAACUAUGUUCUAGACGCACCCAACCUGGCCAAACUCCCGAUCUAUCGUACAUUGGAGCUUGUUCAUUGUUCCGAAACAGCGGAGAAAGAAAACAAAGAAUAUACCAAGGAAUCAAACAAGCAGAAUUCGUAGACGACACAUAUCAGCCAUUUUUCUUCAUGGAAACAGGAGAGAGUGACCGUGGUUACCACAUCUACGAACCAAAACACAUAGCUUCUAGAUAUUCAUAUGAAAACGUUGGGAGUUAUAAUGAUUCCCAUUAUUUGAAGAUUGAUAUAAGAUAUGAUAUGAACUUUGUUGGUCAAUGUACAGAAGGUGUCAACUGUCCGUGUAUAUUCCCGGAGUAUGAACCAUCUCGAUUGAUGUUGAAAGAGUCUCCAUUUGAUCUCAAUCUCGUUUACGUGGCCGAUGUCCAUUUACAAUCACCAACCGAUCCCUACAAGUGUGGAGAAUUGGCGUCCAUGAGUAACUUCCAGACUCUGCUCGCGUUCUUCUAUGCUAUUAAUAGAGUCAAUAAUAACGAACGUCUGUCCGCGUCACUGAAACUCGGAGGUCUCGCCAUUGAUACAUGCUCUAAUCCAAUGAGAAUAGGGCAGGAUAUUUACAGCUUGUUGAGUGGUGAAGGUAUCUGUCAAGCCAACAGCAACGGACAAAUCAUAGCACCGUCAUCCAUUAUAUCCUUCCAUGCGUUAACAACAGCCAAUUCCAUACCACUGAGUCGUAUGCUUACGCCGUAUAAAAUAGUUUCUCUAAGUCAAGGUGCUACCUCGGUCAGACUCAGUGAUAAACGAGCGCAUCCAUAUUUCCUUCGCACUGUUCCUCCAGAUGAUAUUCAAGCCCUCGUUAUGCUGCAGGUCAUGAAAGAAUUCAACUGGGAUUACGCCUCAAUUGUUGUUACCAACAGCGCUUAUGGUAUGACAGCUUAUAAUACGCUGAUAGAGAAGGCAGCGUUAACCAACUUGAAGACAUGUUUUGGUUCGGCUUUCACCAUCUCCUCAUCUACGACCCUGAGUCAAGCGGAGAUAAUUGUAGAACAACUAAGCGUCCGGGCGGGAUCCAGGGUUGUCAUACUCUUCACAGAACCACAGCACUCACGAUUAUUGCUACAGGCAACUAAAAUAAAGGGUUUGACUGGACGAUUUAUUUGGCUGGCUAGCGACUACUGGGCCAAUAGUAUGGAGAUCGUUGAAGGAUAUGAAGAAGAGGCUGUGGGAGCCAUUACCAUAAAGAUUCGAUCAGAAAUGGUUUCAUCAUUUACAAACUACAUGAUGAGUUUGACCUUGACAAAUAGACAAGGUAUCCCUGACGAUUGGUUUGAAGAAUUUUACCAGAGGAUACACAAAUGUCGUCUGCUGACCUCGAAAGUGCGUAAAGAAUAUCCGUCCAUUUGUAAUGGCGACGAGAAAAUCACAAAUGCCAUGAUUACCCAGGAUCCAUUUGUUUUGCACACGAUCAUUGCCGUUUACCAGAUUGCGGAGAGUUUGAAUAAUAUUGAAGCCUGUGGGAGCAAGAGGGCCGAUAUUUCAGCUUGUUUGUCGUUACAGGCCAACAGGCGUCAGUUGAUCUACGAUACUGUACUGGGAACACAGUUUAACGUUUUACCAGACGAACUCAACAACAACUUCACCUUCAAGUUUACGACUGCGGGAUAUGGCGAUAUUGGUUAUUCCGUUCUCAACUUCCAUCGUAACAUAACACAAGAUCGUUACGUCUAUUCUCAGAUUGGUUUGUAUCAACAGAGUCUGGUAUUAGAUCGUAGAUUAUAUCGUGGUGUUAGUAUAUUAACAGCUGGGGUUAUACCAAUUUCAACCUGUCCUACCACUGUUACUUGUUCUUGUAUUGGUGUCGCAGGUGCUGCAGGUGCUGGAGGGGCUGGAUAUCCUGUUGGUACAGACGCUGGCACUGGUAUAGUUGACAUGGCAUCCAUGAGAAAUACCGUCAAUUAUCAAUACGCUCGUGUGACCUCAACUAGCGGUUAUGUAAUAGGAUCGGAUGGAAAUUACCUGGACGUCAAAACGGGAGCCAUUUUGAUUGUAAACGGAGAACCAAGUGGAACGGACAGAUUUGGAGAUAUCUGGGGAGUGAUGGUAGCAGCACUUGCGGCUAUUGGAGUGUUUAUAGCACUAUGCUUGUUUAUCUAUCUAUUGGUGGUUUAUCCAGUUCGUAGCGGAACAACUAUUCUUGGAUUCCUCUUACUGAUUGGUAUAAUACUGAUGUAUCUUCUCGUCUUCGCUUUUAUCUUCCACGCCUCUACCGUCAGCUGUGGUUUACGAAGAUUUGCUCUGGGUUUUGUCUACGCUUUGGUUUACGCAGUCCUCUUCGUAAAGCUGGUGGAUAUCUGGAGAUGUAGAAAUAAGGAUGAAAUCUCCGCCAUGAAGUACAGUAAAAUCGGAACCCCUCUCGGACUCUGUUUCCUGGUGUUCAUGUUGGUGUUGGUCCAGGUGAUUAUAAACGCUGAGUGGCUGAUAUUACAGAUCCCCGGAGUUCAGACAAUCUAUUAUAACUUCUUUAUCUGGCCGUUAUGUACGCCUAUCGGUUAUUACGAUGCUGGUCUAAUCAUGUCUCUCAUCUAUGUCAUGUUACUAAUCGUAUUGUGCGUUAUUUUCGGUUUCGCUACAUUCUCCUGCUCUAGAAAUCAUUACGAAUCAAGGUGGAUUCUGGGUAUCGCAAUCCUUAGUAUACCAACGUGGGUGAUCUGGUGUUUGGUAGCAUUAUUAGCUGGGUAUAAAUACCGUGAUGCUGCUGUGGCUGUAGGUCUGUUACUGAAUGCUACCUAUAUGUUGUUGUGUAGCUCACUGCGUAAACUCUACCUGUUGAAUAGAUAUGUUGCUCUGAUUGAUGAAGAAGAACGAGAACUAGAGAAGGAAAGAAAGAGUCAAGCUGGAUCUACGUAUGGUUCAGUCAGUGGAAGACAUUACGACAAUGCACCUCAAUUCCAUCACGGACAGGGUAGUGUCCAUGGCAGUGUCCAUGGUAGUAUGCACGGUAGUCUCCAUGGCACCCGUUACGCCUACAGCACGGCACACAGUGGUCGAGGUACGAAUGGUAGUAGAGGAGUUGUGUAUGCCGUUCCAGGAAGUGGUAGCACCCGUGGUGGCACGAUAGUCAAUGGUGGCAGUAGUCAUGGUAACGUCAUGCUGGUACAGAGAGGUCAAGCAAGGCAUGUCCAGGAAGGUGGACAAGGUGGUGUCAGUUCGUUUGUUUCCGGAGGUGAAGGAGGCACCAUGGUGGUCCAACAAGGAGGUCAAGCAGGUCAUGGAGGAAGUAGUAACAUAUAUUCAGAAGCAGAGAUGGCUGGUGAUAGAAUGAUAGUCCACGGUGAUGAGACAGGUGAGAUGAGAGCUAUGGCAGUACAAGCUGAUAAUGACGGAGUAUCAGAAGGUCUCUACACUGAAGUUCGACAUCCGGGAGGUGGGGUCAGUGUGUCCGAGGCUUUUGGUGGACAAUCAGGAGGAUCGCAAGUUAUAAGAACGAAUGGAUUUACGACACCUAAUAUAUCAUAUCAUCAACACAGUGAAUACGAAGAAGUGCGAGAACGAGGUAGACAUGUGGAGUAUGAAUACGUUGUUGGUGAUGAUUUGAAUUAAAGAUGAAUGAAGACGUCCUCUAGUUUAUGUGAAAAUGUUAUUUUAUUACUCAAAAAAUUACAAGAAGAAAAUAUCAACACAACUUGUUUAAAUCAAGGUACACAACAUGGAAGUCUUAAUAACAAUAGUUGGUGUAAUAUCCUAACAGGUACCCUGUAUUUAGUAUAGUGUAUUUGAAGGUUGAUAUUGUUACACAAUAAACUCACAUUACAUAUGAUUUUACUAAACACAGGACUUGAUUGUCAUGAUGCUAAUCAGCCUUUCAAUAUUACAUUUGUUUUUACUAAACACAGGACUUCACCUUCUUGUAUCUAUUGUCUAAAUAAUUUUACAAAAAUCAUUCCAACAUUAAUUUUUAUGAGAAAUACCAAUGAUAAUAUCCUAAAUGACAUUUAGACUUUAUGAAUUUACAUGAAAAUGUGUUAUAAUGUAUGUUAUAUCAAUUUUUUAUUUUUAUAAUAAAACAAUCUUUUUAUUCAGUAAAUCUGAAUUUGAAUUGGGGAACAGACUAUUCUAUUCUACUAAUAAUGUUUAAACUUUAUAUAUGAAGAAAAUCCAACAUUAGAUAGUUUGAUAUGUAGAUAGAUAUAAGUGACAUAUUAAUAAACGUGGGACAAACUGCUGAUUCAAUGAUUUGUACUACAAUCAUUCCAAUAUUAUAUUUUAAUAAUCUGUCCAUGAAAUUUUUAUCUAAUCAAACUUUUGUAUAAUCAAGUCUAAAAUAUUUCUAUAUCAUGUACAUAAGGAUUUGGAAAUACUUAAAUGGAUUUUGAUUGGGUAAUUUUUACAGUAAAAUCAAAAAGGUCGUUGUUAUAGACCAAUGAAAUGAUCUGUUAUUGUUUCUUGACUGUAUUAUAUCAUAUGGUUAUAUUUGUACAUUCCACAUGUAAAAUAUUGUACAUCUCCGUAUCACAUUUUACAUGAUUUAUAUUUGUUUAUUCUAAGAAUCUCAACAUGUUAUUUACAUAGAAAAAUUUAUAUUUCAUAUAUAGGCUACUACCAAUUUUAAAUUUUACUUGUAAAAAUAAUUCUAAAUGCUAAAGACGUCAACAUUACAUAAAUUUAUGUAUUUGUGUAUUUUUUGUCACUUACUGACCACAUGUCUCAUUUACUCCCUUUAUAACUAAUUAUUGGAGUGUGACUUAAAAAAAUAUUUGAAUUGAAACACAAUAGACUUGAACAGUUAUUUCUUUAUAAUACUUGACUCUCGCUGUAGUGUAACAAAUUUAAAAGCUUUAUUGCAAUUUAUUUGAAUUUAAUGUACCUUCACUCAUACUGCUUUGCAACUGUAUAUAUAUGUAUGCCUUAAUAAACUAUAUAGGCCAAAAUAAACAACAACAGAAUAUAGGCCUAAAUCAACAACAACUGGAUAUAGGCCUAAAUCAACAAUAACCACUGAUUGGGUAUGUCCUGUCCUCGAUUCCUCAACCAUAAGUAUUUUCAACUUGGCAGAAUUGAGAGUAUUGAAAAACUGAUCAGGCAUUAUCCCCGUAGCUAUGGCAACUCAACAUAAUAUUAUGCCUGUAGCUAUGGCAACUCAAAAUGAUAUUACCCCUAUAGCUACGGCAGCUCAACAUAAUAUUACCUCCCACCCACCAUAGCUAUGGCAACUCAACAUAAUAUUACCCCUCCAUAGUUAUAGCAACUCAACCUGUAACAUUACCCCUCUGUAGCUAUAGCAACGUGUCAUAAUAUAACAUAAAACUGUGAUGUUUGACUGUAAAAUAUAUCUUAGGUUUUUUUUU